CGUAUGUAUAGCGACAUACCGCAUGGAGGCCGGAGAAACAAUCAUCAGAAGCCGCGAGAUCGAUUUGGCGACAGAGAAACCACACCCAACGCGGACUGAAACCCUCUCCCUCUCUCGCGCGCGCUCGACCGAUCGAUCGCCGCCCCGUACGUACCAGCCGUGCCGCGCCGCGGGAAGGAGGAGCCGACGACGCCGACCGCAGCCAUGGCGGCCUCCGAGGUUCAGCUUGGCACAUCUAUUGCUGACAUGCGAGAUGGACGGGACAUUCUAGAUCAUCAAGCUGUAGAGGAGAAAGAAGGCAUUGUAAUUGGAGGGGGAACCGACAGCGACUAUCAAGAGCUACUGGAUAGAGUGUUCAACAUUAUCGCUGGAAACAAUCCAGAUCUCGCCGUGAACAGAGGAAAAGUGGUUAUGUGCCCUCCUAAGAUUCUUAGGGAGGGCACGAGGAAGACGGUAUUCGUGAACUUUAUGGAGUCGUGUAAAACGUUGCGUAGGGACCCUAAUCACGUGAUGGAUUUUUUCCUCUCUGAGAUGGCAACAACCGGUUCAAUUGAUGGGCAGAACAGGUUGGUGAUCAAAGGGAGAUUUGCUCCGAAAUCCUUUGAAUCGAUCCUCAGGAGAUACAUCAAUGCGUAUGUCAUCUGCAAUGGAUGUAAGGGCCAUGAUACCACUAUAACCAAGGAAAACCGUCUCUUCUUCCUUCGCUGUGAGCAGUGUGGGUCUUCAAGGUCCGUCGAUCGAAUCAAGGCUGGAUUUGUCGCACAUGUUGGUCGUCGCAACGCCUGAACAUUGGUCAAAACUCUAGAUCGUCUAGCUCGCUACACCCAUGUGUAGACAUGCGUUUCCUUUUUCCUUUUUGCAUCGCAAAUGAGUUUCAGAUUAACAGGGUUGUGACGCGGCUCAUAACGAAAUCACGAUUAAUUUCUAGGUUUAUUAAAAGAUUGUACUAUGUGAGGUGAGCAUGUCAUGGUGUCAAGUUAUAGCACUAUCUACCAAUUCAAAACGACAGAUGUUGCAGUCCCUUUUA